AUGGCGGGCGGGCGGGCGGGCGGGGUGGCACGGCAGGGGACGGGAGGGAACUUUCGGCGCCCAGAAGACCGAGCCAGGGCCGAGCCAAGGUCGACCCACCGCAGAGCCAGGGCCGAGCCAGGGCCGAGCCAGGGCCGAGCCAGAGCCGAGCCAGGGCCGAGCCAGGGCCGAGCCAGGGCCGAGCCAGGGCCGAGCCAGAGCCAGAGCCGAGCCAGGGCCGAGCCAGAGCCGAGCCAGAGCCGAGCCAGAGCCGAGUCAGGACCGAGCCAGGGCCGAGUCAGAGCCGAGCCAGAGCCGAGCCAGAGCCGAGCCAGAGCCGAGUCAGGACCGAGCCAUGGCCGAGUCAGAGCCGAGCCAGAGCCGAGCCAGAGCCGAGCCAGAGCCAAGCCAGGGCCGAGCCAGGGCCGAGUCAGAGCCGAGCCAGAGCCGAGCCAGAGCCGAGCCAGAGCCGAGCCAGGACCGAGCCAGGGCCGAGCCAGAGCCGAGCCAGAGCCUAGCCAGGGCCGAGCCAGGACCGAGCCAGGGCCGAGCCAGAGCCGAGCCAGAGCCAAGCCAGGGCCGAGCCAGGACCGAGCCAGGGCCGAGCCAGAGCCGAGCCAGGGCCAGAGCUGA